GCUCGCUAGAGAAUUUCGCGACCAAGGUGCCCAAAACGUUAAGAAAAUGUCGCAAAUUGAGGAAGAGAUCAAGAAACAAAACGAACUGAACGCCGAAGGAGAGGUGAUUCGCCCGAAAUUGGAGGAGCUGAUGUUUGACACAACUCUAGAAAAACAGGGAGGCUCCAAUGCCCAGAUGGAGAAGGCGGAUACCACCACGAAUAGCUGCCUGGUUAAUACCAUGCAAACCGCGCAUCUGCUCGAGGAGGUCGAGUUGCAGGACAUCCUGCGCUCCAAGGUUCAGCAACAGGAGCAGAGCACCCAGCGCCAAAUGGGAAUCCUCGAGGAGCAGAUAGUCGAGGAGAAGAAGCAGAAGACCAUCCUCGAGUCACGCGAUAUCGAUCAUGAAUGUCGCAGACUUCAUACAGCAGACGAAGAAUUUGAUGAGGAGCAACCAGAAGAUGGUUUAGAGAACGAAGUCGAGGAAUUUAAUGUGGAGCAACCAGAAGAAUCUAAGGAUGAACCAGAAGAAUUAGUGGAGGAACUAGACGAAUCUCAGGAGGAGGCAGAAGAAUUGGAGGCGGAAUCAAAUAAAGAUUCAGAAGAGGAAACGAAGACAUCAGACGAAGAAUUUGAUGAGGAGCAACCAGAAUAUGGUUCAGAGAACGAAGUGAAGGAAACGGAGUCAUCAGUCGAGGAUUUUAAUGAGGAGCAACCAGAAGAAUCCGAGGAUGAACCGGAAGAAUUAGUGGAGGAACUAGACGAAUCUCAGGAGGAGGCAGAAGAAUUAAAUAAAGAUUCAGAAGAGGAAACGAAGACAUCAGACGAAGAAUUUGAUGAGGAGCAACCAGAAGAUAAUUCAGAGAACGAAGUGAAGGAAACGGAGUCAUCAGUCGAGGAUUUUAAUGAGGAGCAACCAGAAGAAUCUGAGGAUGAACCGGAAGAAUUAGUGGAGGAACUAGAAGCAUAUCAGGAGGAGGAAGAAGAAUUAAAGGAGGAAUCAAAUAAGGAAUCAGAAGAAGAAUCGAAGACAUCAGACGAAGAAUUUUACGAGGAGCAACCAGAAGAUGGUUCAGAUAACGAAGUGGAAGAAACCGAAGCAAAAUUUACCGAAAUUGAGUUGGAUGUAUCGGAUCCAGAACUGGACGGAUCUGUUGAGAAAUCGGGAUCCGAAAGUCAGGAUUCCGGAUCGGACGAUGAGACAUCGGGAGGGCAAGAAUCAGGCGAGGAGGAGAAAGACAAGGCAACCUCAAAAAUGGAUAAGGUGACAAAACCCAAUCUAGAGGGGCAGAAAACAAAUAACACGGGGACGAAGCAGAAGUCGCCCAUCAAGAGCGGGAAUAACCUGAGCUUUAUCCCCGAAACUCCGCAGAUAAUCAGUGUGGAGCGUAUUUCAGCACCUAAAUAUUCAACUUCAAAGGCAAGCGACGACUUGCCCAGCACCUCAACCGGCAUUCGCAACCGCUAUACAAAACAUACCUUAGUUGUCGACGAGGAUGAACCAGUGGCGAUCAAACGUCGCAAACUGGAUGACAAGAAAUUCCCUAUGGCCCAACCCCACCCAUCGACAAUUUUCGAAAGCAAUGCUGACCAAUCUGACGAUAAUGCAUCGCUUACUGAGAAUUCAUAA